AUGGCAUCCAUAAAGAGGGCUGUCCAAAGUGCAUUCCUUGAUGCCGGGCUGACCCUGGAGAAGGAAGCCCUCAACGCCUUCGUGACAUUUGUGGAGGACAACAAUGGUGGAGAGGACCUCGUUUACCAACUGCUAGAUGCAUGCACAAAAGCAUGCGCGUCGUCCACCAAGCUCACAGCCGCUCAGGCCCAGACAGUGAUAGGCAGCCUGUGCGGCAGCGGAGAGAAGACAGAUCCUGUGCAGGUCAUCAGCGCCUUUGACACACCCAAGCUGCGCUAUGACCCCAUCCGCAAGGUCUUCUACCAGAUCCAGGGCCGGCCCACCCUGCAUGGCUCCUCCGAGGAGAAGGUGCAGAUGUAUCUGGACAGAAUGUACCUGCUGCUGCAGCGCCUCAAGCGCAACAGAAAUUUCUCGCGGCCGGCCUUUGCCGGCAUCAAGGCCGACUCCCGAGACUUUGUGGAGCUGACGGAGCUGAAGGCGCUGCUGGGCUGCGUGGGGCAGGUCAAGUUUGUGAUGGGCUGCAUCUCCCAGCUGACCGACGGCCGCUACUUCCUGGAGGACAUGUCCGACUCGCUCCCCAUCGACCUCUCCGACGCCCAGACCACCUCCGGCUUCUUCACUGAGAACUGCAUCGUUGUGGCGGAGGGCGUCCUGCAGCACAGCGGCGUCUUCAAAGUGCGCGCGCUCGGCUUUCCUCCAGUCGAGCUCCGCAGCGAGUCCCGCCUCGCCGCCAAGAACUUGGACUUUUUUGGCGGGAGCACUCCGAGUGAGGAUGAGCAGCUGGCGGCGGCUGCAGCACUGGCAGAAGACGAGGCGGACCGCAUAGUGGUGCUGUCAGACCUCUGGCUUGACAAGCCCGCCACCCUUGAUAGGCUGCGCGUCGUGCUAGAAGGCUUUGAGGGGUUGGAGCGCGUGCCGUCCAUGUUUGUGCUGCUGGGCAACUUCCAGUCCUUCUCAUGCAACGCCGCCUCCACCGAUUACGCCGCGCUGAAGGACAACUUUGGCGCCCUCGCAGGAACACUGGCCUCCUUCCCACGCAUCAGGGCGGAGAGCCGGCUGGUGUUUGUGCCGGGGCUGGGAGACGCGGGUCCGGGGGCGAUCCUGCCGCGGCCGCCGCUUCCGGAGAGCCUCAUCGGCGCUCUGCGGGAGCAGCUGCCCACCGCACUGUUCACCUCAAACCCCUGCCGCAUCCGUCACUUCAACCAGGCAUGCCCAAAUAACCCCUUGCUGUCUUUGCUGUGCCAUUCUACCACUACGAAUUUGAGCACCGAGAUUGUGGUGUUCCGGGACAAUCUUCAGAAUCGCAUGCGCAAGCUCUGUCUUCUCGCGCCCAACGAUGAGGGCACUGGCGCGGAGGCUUCGUCGGAUGCUGCGUUCGAGCAUCUGUGCGCGACGCUGCUGCAGCAGAGCCACCUGUGCCCUGUCCCGCUGGAAGCCCAACCUGUCUACUGGAGCUACGACCAUGCGCUGUCGCUUUAUCCCCUGCCGGACGCCCUCAUUCUGGCCGACCCGGCCCCGUGCGCGUCGUUUGCAUUCCCUCCGCUGCCGCCAGAUCAGCGCGGCGCCGCAUGCGUCUGCCUCAAUCCGGGGUCGUUUGCAAACGGGACAUUUGCUGCGUACUGCCCUGCCACACGAGAGGUCGAGCUGUGUGAUGUUCCUGAGGAGGAGGAUUGA